AUGGCUACCUCAAACACUCUCAUCUUCUUCUUCUUAUGUUCUCUUUGUCUUAUCCUUAGCAAAGAAGCAUCUUCUCAGCUUGAUGAGCUAUGGCUAGUCGGUGAUGACGAUGAUCCACUUAACGCGUUGCAGACAAGGCACAGAAGAAGAGAGGAGAAGUGCGAUUACUCGGUAGGGAAAUGGACUUACGAUGAAACGUAUCCGCUUUAUGAAUCGAACUGUCCAUAUUUGAGCUCUGCAUUAAGUUGUCAAAGAAAUGGAAGACCUGACUCUUAUUACCAGAAAUGGAGAUGGAUCCCUAAGGCUAAGGCUUGUUCACUCCCAAGGCACACACUAACCACACUCUCUCCUCUUACUUCUUUUUUUGAAACACAAAAUUUUUGCAACUUUGAUCAUUAUCAAAAUAAUAAAUAA